GGAGCAGGACCUGGCAGCGGGCGCCGAGGCUGCGAGCGAGCCGCGGACCGGGCGGCCGCGCGCACCAUGGGGGAGAAGCCGGGCACCAGGGUCUUCAAGAAGUCCAGCCCUAACUGCAAGCUCACCGUGUACUUGGGCAAGCGGGACUUUGUGGAUCACCUGGACAAAGUGGACCCUGUAGAUGGUGUGGUACUGGUGGACCCUGACUACUUGAAGGACCGCAAAGUGUUUGUGACUCUCACCUGCGCCUUUCGCUAUGGCCGGGAAGACCUGGACGUGCUGGGCCUGUCCUUCCGCAAAGACCUGUUCAUCGCCACCUAUCAGGCCUUCCCCCCAAUGCCCAACCCGCCCCGGCCCCCCACCCGCCUGCAGGACCGGCUGCUGAGGAAGCUGGGCCAGCACGCACACCCCUUUUUCUUCACGAUACCCCAGAACCUACCCUGCUCCGUAACACUGCAGCCGGGACCGGAAGACACAGGGAAGGCCUGCGGGGUAGACUUCGAGAUUCGAGCCUUCUGUGCCAAAUCGUUAGAAGAGAAAAGCCACAAAAGGAACUCGGUGCGCCUGGUAAUCCGCAAGGUGCAGUUUGCCCCCGAGAAGCCCGGCCCCCAGCCGUCAGCCGAAACCACACGCCACUUCCUCAUGUCUGACCGGUCCCUGCACCUUGAGGCUUCCCUGGACAAGGAGCUGUACUACCACGGGGAGCCCCUCAAUGUCAACGUCCAUGUCACCAACAACUCUACCAAGACCGUCAAGAAGAUCAAAGUCUCUGUGAGACAGUACGCCGACAUCUGCCUCUUCAGCACUGCCCAGUACAAGUGUCCCGUGGCCCAGCUCGAACAGGACGACCAGGUGUCCCCCAGUUCCACGUUCUGCAAGGUGUACACCAUCACCCCACUGCUCAGUGACAACCGGGAGAAGCGUGGCCUUGCCCUGGACGGCAAGCUCAAGCACGAGGAUACCAACUUGGCAUCCAGUACCAUUGUGAAGGAAGGAGCCAACAAGGAGGUGUUGGGCAUCCUGGUGUCCUACAGGGUCAAAGUGAAGCUGGUGGUGUCUCGAGGCGGGGACGUCUCCGUGGAGCUGCCUUUUGUCCUUAUGCACCCCAAACCCCAUGACCACAUCACCCUGCCCAGACCCCAGUCAGCACCCACACGCCUACCCCCUCUCCUGCUCCCCUUAGCGGUUCCCGAGACAGAUGUCCCUGUGGACACCAACCUCAUCGAAUUUGACACCAACUAUGCCACCGACGACGACAUUGUGUUCGAGGACUUUGCCCGCCUGCGGCUGAAAGGGAUGAAGGAUGAUGACUACGAUGAUCAGUUCUGCUAGGAAGAAGGGUGGGAGGGCUGGACCAAGACCCUCCCCACCACUGUAGCUGGGGGCAGGGCUGGCCUGGGCUCUCUUCCCUUCCCCUCCAUCUGGCACAUUCCUCCACCACCCUGCCCCACAACCCCCUCCCCCGAGAUACGUACUGGACCCAUCUCCGGUUCAACGUGGGCAUUAAUUUCUUAUGGCUCUGCCUCCCCAGCACCCCCUUCCUUCCAAGGGGCGGGUGGCAAGCCAUGUUCAUAUCUACACCUUUCCAACGGGCGAUAACAGGAGGGGACGGGCGAUAACAGGAGGGGACGGUGGGGAGGAAGGGCUCCCACACACGGCCUCGCCCACUGCACCCCUCCUGUCACUUUUGACUGCCUCCUGUUCCUCCAAAGUGACAGCCUGGUUGGGGAGAAGGGGAGCUGGGGGAGGACAAGGCUGUGACUUUGUUUCUGAGCAUAAGGAAGAAAAUAAACCUUUUACUAGGC